AUGCUCCUUGUGUUCCUGUUCUAUAUCAUAGGCAAGACAGAUGCCAUUAAUUGUUCGAUACCUGAUGACCCACUUCCUAUACCCCAUCAAUUUGCUCAGCCAGGAGAUGUUAUCAUUGGGGCAAUUGCCACUCAAGCCUUCUUGUUUCACAACAGCCCUUCCUUCACAGAAGAGCCUUCUCGGAUGGUGAUCAAUGAAGUAGUUUCUGUACUAAAGGACUAUCAGCAAAUCCUUGCUUUGGUGUUUGCUGCCAAAGAGAUCAACAAGGAUCCCAAACUCUUACCAAACAUCACGUUGGGUUUCCACAUUUUGAACAACUACUUCAUGGCAAGGAUAACCUAUAAGGCGACCUUGAGCCUACUUUCUACACACCAGAGGUUUGUUCCCAACUUUACCUGUGAUUCAAAGAGAAAGCUUAUUGCUGCCAUUGGAGGACGUUUGACAGAAGCCUCAUCCAUCAUGGCCACUGUUCUUGCCAACUACAAGAUUCCACAGCUUGCUUAUGGAACAUUUUCCCCAGUACAUGGUGGCAAAAAUGUAUUUCCAUUUUUGUACCAGAUGGUUCCAAAUGAAGUCCAUCAAUAUACUGGAGUUAUCCAAUUACUUCAGCAUUUUGGAUGGACAUGGAUUGGGCUCUUGGCUGUGGAUGAUGACUAUGGAGACGUGUUUUUACAGAAAAUUGUACCAUUGCUUUCCCAAAACAACGUUUGUUAUGCUUUCAUACUUAGAACACCAAAGAGGACUUAUAUGGAUGAAUAUAUCCACUUCCUUUUAGAGGAAAGGGCAACUUUUCAUGGACAACUUUUCAUGGAUCAAAAAGUCCGUGUAUGCUUUGUAUACGGAGCACCUCCAUCCACGCAAAAUUUGAGAGUGAUCAUCUUUAUAGCAAGUUUUACUUCAUUACCCACUCUGGGUAAAGUGUGGAUUGUUACAUCCCAUUGGAAUUUUGACUCAUUGUCCGUUCAGAGGCUUUGGGAUAUACAGAGUUUACACGGUGCCCUUUCAUUCGCAGUUCGCUCAAAAGAACCACCUGGAUUCCAAGAAUUUGUUCAUACUGUAAGGCCAUCCUGGGCAAAAGAAGACAAUUUCAUUGAGAAUUUCUGGGAGCAGGCCUUUGACUGCCCAUUACACAUUUCUGGUGUAAAUGAAGAUAACCAAUUAUUGUGCACUGGGGAUGAGAAGUUAGAGAGUCUGCCUAGUACAUUUUUUGAAAUGAACAUGAGUGGUCAUAGCUGCAACAUCUACAAUGCAAUCUAUAUCAUGGCACAUUCCUUGCAUGUCUUACUCAAGUCCAGAUCCAGAGGUAGAAGAUUAAUGGAUGCAGAGAGAUUGGGAAUUCAUUAUUUAAAGCCAUGGCAGUUUCACUCUUUCUUGAAAAGCAUCGUAUUUAACAACAGUAUGGGAGACCCUAUUAGUUUUGAUGAAAACGGAGAAUUAUUGACCGGUUUUGAUGUUGUUAACUGGAUCACUUUCCCCAAUAAUUCCUUUGCUCGAGUCAAGGUUGGAACCUUGGAACCUCAGGCUCCACCAGGCAGAGAAUUAACUCUUAAUGACAAUCAAAUUGUAUGGCAUAGAAGCUUUAACCAGGUGCUGCCUCUCUCCGUGUGCAAUGACCACUGCUGUCCAGGCUACAGCAGAAAGAAGAAGGAGGGGGAGAAGUUUUGCUGCUAUGAUUGUGCACCAUGUCCAGAAGGGCAGAUCUCUGACAAAAUAGAUAUGGAUGCCUGUAUGAAAUGUCCAGAAGAUCAGUAUUCCAACAAGAUCCACAAUCAAUGUAUUCCCAAAGUAUUGAUCUAUCUCUCUUAUGAAGAGCCUUUAGGAAUCCUCUUUAUAAUCUUGGCUAUUGUUUUCUCUGUGAUUACAACCUUUGUGCUUGGAAUCUUUUGGAUGCAUCGAGAGACUCCAAUUGUCAAAGCCAACAACCGGAGUCUCACUUGUAUCCUCCUUCUCUCCCUUCUCCUCUGCUUCCUCUGCUCCUUCCUCUUCAUUGGAAGGCCUGAAAAGAUGACCUGCCUUCUCCGGCAAAUGACUUUUGGUAUUGUCUUCUCAGUGGCCCUUUCGUCUGUAUUGGCAAAAACUAUGACUGUGAUUCUGGCCUUCAUGGCAACCAAACCAGGCUCUGGAAUGAGGAAAUGGGUAGGGAAGGGAUUGGCCAAUUCUAUUGUCCUUUUGGGUUCCUUCAUCCAGGUGGGAAUUUGCAUAGUGUGGCUGAGUACCUCUCCUCCUUUCCCAGAUACAGACCUGCACUCACUGGAGGGGGAAAUGAUAAUGGAAUGCAACGAGGGCUCAGUGAUCAUGCUUUACUGUGUCCUGGGUUACAUGGGUUUCCUGGCUAGUCUCAGCUUUAAUAUAGCUUUCCAAGCCAGGAAGCUGCCCAACAGUUUCAAUGAGGCCAAGUUUAUCACCUUCAGCAUGUUGGUCUUUUGUAGCGUUUGGCUAUCCUUUGUUCCAACCUACCUGAGCACUAAAGGAAAAUCCAUGGUAGCUGUGGAGAUCUUCUCUAUCUUAUCCUCCAGCGCUGGCUUACUGGCAUGUAUCUUUUGCCCCAAAUGCUAUAUCAUUUUAUUGAGGCCUGAGAUGAACAAGAAGGAACAUUUAAUAAGGAAAGAAAAGUAA